AUAAGAGUACCACACACUGGACCCCAGACACACUCUGCUUUGAAGAAUGAUUCAUUCCUACCGUCGCACCAUUAGAAUCUUUAGGAUGGCCGCUCAACCUAAAAUCGAGAACCCAAUCAAACAGCGAUGGAAUGUAAGGAGGAUCAAGGAAAAUUACGUUAGUGGGGAACAUAUGGCUAUAGAUGAUCUGAAGAAGAAACACCGCAACCUGUACACUGCUAAAAAUGUGGCUGAACCAAACAAAAUGACUUAUAUAAACGGCUAUCCUGUAGUUCCAUACUAUCCUCGACCUGUAGCGUUCCAUUGUUCAAGAGUAUCUCACGUCACGACUACAGAUGGUAUGAAAUGUAUUCUGGACCGCAAAGGGUUUAGAAGGGGGGAUAGGAGACCUGGCCUCUUGUGGUGGGGGACUCUGAUUGGUGAAAACGAGACCCUUGCUGCAGAGCAGAGGUACCUGGAGAAACUCUUCCCUGAUCGGAGUCCAGAAGAGAGAGAGCGACAGGAGCCUUUCCUGCGGAAAUUCAGCACCUCUCCUGUGUUUAAGGAUUGGUCUCGCUAUGGAAACUUCCGGUUCACUUUCUCACUGGCUGAUGUUAUGAAAGAGUACAGCACACAUUUCUGUGGAGGAGAACACCCUGUCCUUAGAGUUUAUGAGACUGUAAUCUACAAGCAGGAGGUCAUGUACGUUGUGCUGAUUCAUAGCCCUGAUGUUCAUGAUUUUGAUGGUUACCCAGAGUUGGGGGAUAAUGAUGAGGGUGUGUGUGCUUACAGGGAUGGAGAGAUCAUCUGGCGUGCUCAAGCCAUCUCUCAAACACACUGCUAUAGACUGACUGAAAACAGAGAUGACAAACAAGUUAGCGUAGGAAGUGGGUUUAAGGUAUUUUAUGUGUGGGAUCACGUGACCCUGGCCUUUCACAUGCCAGAAGGUAAAAAUCUAGUAUUCCCUUUGGAGACGCUUCUGCAGUCUCUCACUGCUUGUGGUGGUGCAGUCAAUUCUCUGAACCCUGUGAUUGGCAAAGUGAAAGCAGGAAAGAUAGUUCAGGAAAAGAAGGUAAAACUCUAGAAUUCUCUUUGGAGACGCUUCAGGAUGCUCUCACUGCGUGUGAUGAUGGAGACAAUAGCCUGAACAAUCUAAUUGGCAAAGCGGAAACAGAAGAGAUCAUUCAGGAAAUGAUAUAAACCGGCUAAAAUUAGUUUGGUCAUAUGUCUGUUAGUCACGUGUCUUUUACUGAAAUAAUGUGACUGCAUGUGUGACGUGAGUUGAGUUUGUAAUAGAAUGGGCCUCGCCCCACAGAGCUUUGGAUUUGUUUCUUGGCCCUUGUGGCGUUUGUAACUUUCACCGGUGCCGUGAAUAAAGCUGCAGUCUCACA